UUGUUAAUACCACAUCGUAAAUUUCACAUUUACUCUCUGCCUCCCUGCAAUUCCCAUCCAACACUUUUCUGUUAUUCACCUUGCUCUGCUACUACCACCGCGGCCGCUCAGUCAACCACCACCGGAGCCACAACUCUCUCCGAAAACCACGCGCCUCCCGCCACAGCGCCAAGCCCUCGCCUCUGCCUCCUCUGUUAUUCACCUUGCACUUGUACUCUCAAUUCCCUUUAUGUUUCCAUCGCGCCGCUCCCACACGGACAGCCAUCCCCGGAACUACAAAUGCCUCUCAACUCACGCCACACAGGCAAACCCUCAUAGCACCCUGCAAUACUCACCAUUCUGAUCACAACCGAGUGAAACCUAUGCGUUCGAUUUCAAUUGAGUCCAACAUUUCCUGAAUAUUCUGAAACAUCAAAACACCCUUCCGGACAUGGCUGAUAAUAUAGUUACCUCUGCCAAAUCUUCUACUCCUUCGCCGAACCCUAUUCGGAUAAUCUGCCACGUAUGCCAGAAGCAGUUUUCUCAGUACACGUGUCCUCGAUGCAAUUCGCGAUACUGCUCCCUCCAAUGUUACAAAUCUCAUAGUCUCCGUUGCACUGAAUCUUUCAUGAAAGAAAAUGUAGUUCAAGAGCUUCAGCAAAUGCAGCCUGAUGAACAGACCAAAAACAAGAUGUUGGACAUACUGAAAAGAUUUCAUUCAGAAGAGGAAAUGGACGAGGAUUCUUUUGCAGAUUCAACUUUAUCCGAGGAGACAAUGGAAAAACUUUUGUCUGGACAAGAAAUCAGCUUUGAUGAUUUAUCUCUUGAAGAAAAGAAACAGUUUCAUAGAGCAAUUGCUUAUGGGGAAUUGAGCAAGAUGAUUAAACCAUGGGAUCCAUGGUGGUCAAAGCCUUCUGCCAGAAAAAUCCGUCUCAGUAGUGAAGGAACUCAGCUCGUUCAACUACUUCCUGAGAAGGAAUUGCCAGAUGAUAUUGGAGGUGAAGAAUUCGGCGAAGUUCCUACCGGUCCUGAAACCCCGCUUCCUCCUCUAAGCAGUCUUAGUUCUAGGGAGCCAUCACCCCUUUUGACUGUUCACCUAGUUGAUAUUCUAUACAGCUACUGUUUCACCCUUCGUCUCUACAAUGGAGAUUGGAGGUCAGAUGCCCUUGGGUCAGUCACAGUUGUAUUGAGUCUGUCCUCGGUGUUGGGUCAAGGUGCUCAGCCAGAGACAGUGCUAGAAGCCCUUUCUCAUUUCUUGGAGCAGGUAUGCUGUCCAGCUUACAGACACAUGGGAGGAUUGCAAUUUGGUUUGAGUGUCAUUGAUGAUGUAAUCAGUCUACUUAGUUUGGGAACUUCUGCUUUGGUGUGUGCCCUUUGUGAUAUGCAUCGGUUGAUUCAAGAAGGGGAAAAAGAGGCCAGAUCAGAAAGGCCAAGAAAGUCACGGAGGGAUGGGAUUCGAAGGGCUAUAAAGCUAGCAGAAAGGAAGAUAUAUUUCAUCAUGUGUUGGGUUCAUGAGCAGCCAGAGGAAGCCUGGUCUUCUUUAGCUGCCAUUGUAAGAGCGGAAAAGACAUCAGCCAUGGAAUUUCAGUCGAGCAAUAAAGCUGAAAAAUUGAACAAUAAAGCAGAGGCCAAAGGCAAACGUUUAAUUGAGGAGAUUUAAUGAUUUUCGUUCUCUCUUUGUAAGAUUAAUCUUUUUAUGUUAUGAUAAUUACGGGCUUCAAUGA